UUAAGUUGUGCCAGUGGCACAUUUGUGGCAUAUUUACUAUAUAUUACUUUAUUGUAUUUUAUUGUUAUUGUACAUUGUAUUCUUACAUUUGAUCACUAAAACUAUGUGGCAUUCUUAAUUUUAGACCAAAAUCCAUCAUGCCACGCAAAUACAAACAGAAGACAGACAGGAUUUCAACUCCUCUUGAGUUGGAAAGAGCAGUGAAAGAGGUGUAACAGGGGAAGACCAUACGUCAGGCUGGAAAGGAGAUGAAGAUCUGCAGGAUGACAAUAAAAAGAUAUAUGGAUAAGAAAAAAAUAGGAGAAGUAACAAAGCCAGGCUAUGAAAGAACAGCAGUCGCCAAACGAGUCUUCAAUGAGAACAUGGAGAAAGAGCUGGCUGACCAUAUUAAGACACUAGCAGCAAUGUUUCAUGGCAUAGGUGUCAUGAAAUGCCGUGAACUGGCUUUUGAGUUCGCACAAAGAAAUAGCAUUGGCAUGCCUGCCAGCUGGACCAGAGACGAAAAAGCAGGUUAGAUCAAGUAUAGGCUAUUGGAUAGUUAUUUGGAGCGGAUAACUUAUCUGAAUGUAAACUGCAAUGUGCUGAUAAACUUUGAACCUUUUCUAGGACCUGAUUGGUUCAACGCCUUUAAAGCACGCUACCAUUUGGCAUGCUGCUCUGACAAAUCCUGAGCACUUAUCAAGUGACGAAUCUGGUUCUUCUGCUCACUUGGGUUAUGUGUCUCCAGAAGUCAUUCUUCCCUUGCCAAAAGCCACAGAAAGAAAGAACAGAAUUGUAAGAAAGAAAGUGAAAACAAGAAUCGUGACCGACACACCUGAGAAGAUGGAGUUGGAGAAGGCUCACAAAGGAAAAGAAGAUAAAAAGGCUGAACAGGAAAAGAAAAAGAAUGAAAGAGAGAAGAAAAGGGCUCUGAAAGCUGCAAAUCAAACCAAAACCAAGAAGAAAACGGCUGUGUACAGUAGCUCAGAAGAAAGCUCCACCACCAAUGAUGAAGCAGAAGAUGGCCUGGAGAAGACACACAGCAGAGAAAAGGAACGGGCUGAAAAGAAGAAAAGGAGUGGAAAUAAGAAGGGGGCUCUGAAAGGGUCAAAACCAACCAAGCCCAAAAAGGAAGUGCUCUCCAGUAGCUCAGAAGAGAGUGACUUUCCGAUUCCACUUAGCGAUGCCACUCAUUAUGAGAGUUCAGAUGUCCAGAGUGAUGAUGAUGAUGGACAAGGAUCUAUCUGCUGGUGACUUUGUCAUUGUGAAGUUUGCAGGUAAAAAAAUCCAAAUCCUAUAACUAUGUUGGAUUGGUGGAGAAUGUUGAAGGUGACGAGAUCAGUGCAAAGUUUCUGAAGCAAAGUUGUAAGAGGUCUGUUGAUGGAAAGCCCAUCUUCACAUUUAGAGAGAAUGAUGAAGGAGUCAUCCCUAGAGGUGAUGUGCUCAAGAAACUACCCACACCACAAAAACUUGGUGGGACAGCCAGAAGGGAGUAUAAGUUCACAUUCCCCUGCAGCAUUGACAAGUGGGAUGUUCAGUAGUAGGCCGAAUCUGUGAAGAGAUUCAGAUGCAGAUGAUUUGCAGAGGACUAGGUGCUCAUUUUGGAAUUUUAAUUUUGUUCUGAGUAUGUGUUCAUGUGGCGCUAGGCCUUGUUUAAGCAAAUUGGCCACACCACAAAACUUGGUGGUACAGCCAGAAGGGAACAGAAGUUCAUAUUUCCCUGCAGCAUUGGACAAGUAGGAUGUUAGGUGUUCAUAGGCCUUGUUAUAGAAGUGGCCUUUGAUGUUGUUAAAACUUUAAAUACACAUUAAAUAAAUAAUGUUGUAUUGAAUUUGUCUUGCUUUUAUAUAGCAUUAUUGUUUGUGAGAUUAAAAUGAUCUGUUUUACUUCAAUUAUCAAUGGCACAAUUUACCCCAGUGAAUUUUCUCUAAUGGCACAACUUACCCCGCACCGGGGGCAGGUUGUGCCACAAAACCACUUUUUUUUCUAAAGCUAUAUUUCUCAAACAGUUUAUUUAAGAUCUGAAGUGAUUGUUCCCAGGGAUGCACAACAUCCUAAACUAUAUGUACAUAUUUUAGUUGGAGGCAUUACUGUAAUCCCCUUGCUUUAAAGGCACUUUAAGUAAAAAAUUGGCACUACUUACCCCACUCUCCCUAUAGCUUUUCUAAACUUGUUGGCAAAAUUAAUAUUUUAGUUUUAAUAUAAUAAUCUUUAUUGAAUUCAUUAUUCAACCCAGAAAAAACGUUUUGGCUUUCUAUGCUGUGUUUAUAAUACAUUGUAACCCUUAUUAUAGCUGUGUAUGAGUAUAGGUUGAUUAUGAUUAUAGCUAUCAGCACUUAAAGGUUUUGAUAAUUGGAUGUUUUAGCUCAAGUUUAAACAUCAAGCUUUAAAUAUACGCAACACAACAUAUUUUAAAUGAGUUCCACUUUACUUAAAACUCACCAAUAACCAUACUGUGAUUUAUGAUCUCAUUGCAUUAUAAAUAGAUUGUAAUUGGGAACAACUAUGGGAAUUAUACUUUAAAUCAUUAUCAAAAUGUGUUUUAAUUGUUGUUAUAAAGCAUUCCUAAUAUUUAGGAGUGCUUAUAACUAUAAAUAUAACAUUUCUGAGCAGAUUGUAACUCAAUGUAUUAUAUUGACAUAAGUGUUUAUCAGAAGUGUGUCUUCUCUGUUCCUAUGCUGUUAUGAUUACUCAGUUAUUUAGAAAAGCACAAGCCAUUUUUUAAAUUGUAUUUGCCUAUUAGCACGAUAAUAUGCACCAGGAAGUCAAGGAGUUGGCUAAAUGGAGUGUAUUCAUCAUCGACAUCCUCCUCACAGUUUAUGACCUUUGCCUUUUCUACUUCACUCAUUUGCAAUGUGGCAAACAGAUACUUCCAUAUCUGCAUAUUACUUCCUCUUGAUUUAUUUUUCAUUCAUUGAAUUUGUGUCUUUCUUUUGCAGCACAGAUUUCUUUGGAUAACCUUCGCCAACUUCAUGGCCCGUGACUCACCCAUUUUGUUGUUUGCCUCCUUUUUUUUGCUUCACUCUCCUUACCAGCACCGAUCUUCAUGGUUGAUGAGCAGAAUGUGGAUUCCUCUGUUGACCUCAGAAAAUGAAUGCCACCCUGUGUGACUCUUCAUCGACCAUGUUUCAUCUGACAACAGACAGCCAACUGAACUCUAGCUGCAAUGGCUCCUUGCCCUCUUCUAACUGGACAGCGGGGGACGAUGCUUUGCAGCUGCCCACCUUCACAACAGCAGCUAAAGUCAGAGUGGUCAUCACCUGCAUUCUCUGCGGAAUAUCUGCCUUUUGCAACCUGGCCUUGCUGUGGGCAGUGCACAGCGACGGGAAGCGCAAAUCCCACGUCAGGGUGCUGAUAAUCAAUUUGACAGUGGCUGAUCUGCUGGUGACCUUCAUCGUGAUGCCCGUGGACGCUGUGUGGAACAUCACAGUCCAGUGGCUGGCUGGAGACUUUGCCUGCAGGCUGCUGAUGUUUCUUAAGCUGCAGGCAAUGUACUCCUGCGCCUUUGUCACCGUGGUGAUCAGUCUGGAUAGGCAGUCAGCCAUCCUAAACCCUCUGGCUAUCAGUAAAGCCGGGAAGAGGAACAGAGUCAUGCUGAUGGUGGCGUGGGGCAUGAGUGUCAUGCUGUCUGUCCCUCAGAUGUUUCUUUUUCAUAACGUGACCAUCAUCCACCCAGAGGUCUUCACUCAGUGCACCACACGUGGUAGUUUCAGCACUCACUGGCAUGAAACGGCCUACAACAUGUUCACUUUCUCCUGCCUGUUCCUGCUGCCUCUUGUCAUCAUGAUCACGUGCUACACCAGGAUCUUCUGCGAGAUCUCCAAACGACUGAAAAGGGACAAUGUUCCCUCCAAUGAAGUGCACUUGCGGUGUUCAAAGAAUAACAUCCCCAGAGCGCGGAUGAGGACUCUAAAGUUGAGUAUAGUGAUCGUCUCGUCUUUCAUUAUCUGCUGGACUCCAUACUACCUGCUGGGCCUGUGGUACUGGUUCUUCCCCAAUGACCUGGAGGGGAAGGUCUCCCGCUCCCUGACGCACAUCCUGUUCAUCUUCGGGCUCUUCAACGCCUGCCUGGAUCCUCUCAUCUACGGCCUGUUCACCAUUCACUUCCGAAAGGGGCUCCGGAGGUUUUACUGCAAAGCCAACACAGCGUCCAACCAGGAGAACCUCACAGUCCUGUCUUUCACCUGUGCCGCCAACUCUCUGCCGCUGAAGAGAGACGGGAGCCCAGUGAGCCAGGAGAGGAUCAUGCUGUGCGGUGACGACGACACUAAAGCAGAAAUAACCAUCAGCCUUCUAACUCCAGACAAUGACACGGAGCGAGAUCCAAAACAGUCCAGCCCCGAGAGCAUCAUAGGGGAAUGCACUGUAUGAGGCUCCCUGACUAUUUUUACAAUAGUUUUAUUUAUUUCAAUUUAUUUUGUGUUUGACCGUCUGAUAUGUGGGGUCCUGUAUUUCUUGAAUAGUAUGUGCCAUUUUGGUUUACUUCACAUGCUUCUGUGCAAAGUUCAUAACUUUGGAUUGGUUGGAGAGCGCGGUAGUUUGGUUUUCUUGAAGAUCAGCUUAAUACAAUCACACCAGACUGACAUCACACACUUCUGUUAGAAGGAAUGUUUAUUGCUCUGUACGAUUUAACUUGUGGGUAUUUUUGAAUUAAAUGUAUUCACUAAG